UCUCUUCACAGAUGUUAUUGCGCAACGUGACGGACGAUCGCUCCAUCCGCCCUCGAUACGAACGCUUCGGACUCGGUUCGCUUGAGUCUGGCUCCGCCUGAACGCGACCGAAGAGUUCGGAUGUCGCUCGCGCGCUCGGAGCGAUGACGGACAGCCAUGUGCACGCGCAUUGCUCAUUCCCGACGCCGCUGGUCCUGAUGCUGCGGGCGCACGAGCAUCAGCAGCUUCACUGAGACGCUCAGAACCACGGAUCGGAUGGACUCGAGCCUCGAACGAAGCGAUGACAUGUGCGGACAGACCGUCACCGACGUCUCCGAACCUCGGCCGAGCUCGUGAAUGAACCCUAACCCUUCAUCAUCGCGAAACCUUGCGAGGACGCGGAUCUGGUGCUUUGACUUCGAUUCCGAGUGGUUCAUGAGAUCUGCAGAAUUUCUUCCACGUUCUGGAGAGACACCGGCGCUUUAAUCUGGAUAUGUUGAAAGGCACGUAAGGAUGGAUGGGAUUAUUAGUGUUUUGGGGGUCCUGACGCUCGUUUUGGAGGGCAUCUCAUGUCAGGGAGUGUAUGCACCUCCGACCGUCCGGAUCAUGCACUCAGGUCACGCGUGUAACGUGGAGGAGGAGCGUUACUCGGAGAGGGUUUACACCAUCCGAGAGGGAGAGAUGCUCGAGCUCACCUGCCUGGUCACCGGACAUCCACGGCCACAGAUUCGAUGGACCAAGACAGCAGGAAGUGUUUCGGACCGAUUCCAGGACUCCAGCGUGUUCAACGAAACCCUCCACAUCGCCAAGAUCCAGAGACAUCAAGGCGGACGCUAUUACUGCAAGGCCGAGAACGGACUGGGCUCACCGGCCAUCAAGUCCAUCAGGGUGGACGUCUACUAUCUGGACGAGCCUGUGGUGACGGUUCAUCAGAGUAUCGGUGAAGCUAAAGAGCAGUUCUACUACGAGCGGACAGUUUUUCUGCGCUGCAUCGCUAACUCCAACCCUCCCAUCCGCUACAGCUGGUUCCGUGGACGAGACGUUCUCUCGCAAGGCUCUGAUAAAGGUGUGGAGAUCUACGAGCCCUUCUUUACCCAGCUCCAGGGGGAAACUAAGAUCUUGAAGCUGAAGAACCUGAGACCCAAGGACUACGCCAACUACAGCUGCAUCGCCUCCGUCAGGAACGUGUGCGGCAUCGCCGACCGCAGAGUCGUCUUCAGACUCACCAACAAAACUGCUCCCGCCUCCAUCAAGCUGCUGGUGGAGGAUCCGAUCGUGGUGAAUCCGGGUCAGACGGUGUCUCUGGUCUGCAUCACCACUGGAGGAGAGCCGACGCCGAGCCUGAACUGGACCCUCAGCUCCGGAUCUCUGCCGGAGAAGAGUCUGAUGAAGGACGGGACGCUCACACUGCCAGCCAUCGCCUCGGAGGAUGCCGGCAUCUACAGCUGCAUCGCCAGCAACAACGUGGGAAACCCGGCUAAGAAAUCCACCACCAUCAUCGUUAGAGCGCUGAAGAAGGGCCGCUUCUGGAUCACUCCGGACCCGUACCACAAUGACGAUAACAUCCAGAUCGGCCGCGAGGUGAAGAUCUCAUGUCAGGUGGAGGCCACGCCGCCCGAGGAGCUGCAGUUCAGCUGGCUGAAGAACGGCCGGCCGUUACGCAGCUCCGAGCGCAUGGUCAUCACACAGACUGACUCCGACAUCUCGCCCGGAACCACCAACCUGGACAUCAUCGACCUCAAGUUCACCGACUUCGGGACAUACACCUGUGUAGCAGCUCUCAGAGGAGGAGCCAUCCCCGAGAUCAGCAUCGACGUCAACAUCUCCUCCACCACUGUCCCUCCUCUGUUUUUCUCUUUCUUAGUUCCUCCGAACCUGACCGUACCGCGGGGCAAGUCUCCGAUGGCGGUGCGGGAGGGAGACACGGUGGAGCUGGAGUGCCUUGUUUCAGGGAAACCCAAGCCCAUCAUCCUGUGGUCUCGGGCGGAUAAGGAGGCGCCGAUGCCGGACGGCAGCAUGCAGAUGGAGAGCUACGACGGCGUUCUGCGCAUCGUCAACGUGUCGCGAGAGAUGAGUGGAUCCUACCGCUGCCAGACCAGCCAGUACAACGGCUUCAACGUCAAGCCCAGAGAAGCUGUGAUCGAGCUCAUCGUGCGCUAUCCUCCGGCGGUGGAGCCGGUGUGGCAGGAGGUGCGGCAGGGUUUGGGUCGGCCGGUGUCCAUGAACUGUCGUGUUCUUCGGGCUCAUCCGUCACGCGUGCUGCGCUACGAGUGGAGGCUGGGCUCACGGCUGCUGCACGCCGGCACCUUCGACUCGCGCGACGACACCGACUACACCGUUCGCAGCCUGGCACGGGAGGGCUACGGCGAGUACACCUGUGACAUCAUCAACGAGGUGGGGCCGGGACGCUGCACCUUCCUGGUGACCGGGAAAGCGUAUCCUCCAGAGUUUUAUUACGACACAUAUAACCCGCUGUGGCAGAACCGGCCGCGUGUGUACGGAUACAAGCUGCAGUGGACACAGAUGAACCCGAGCGCUGUGGACCGGAUCAUGGUAUACCGCCUCGGGAUACGACAGACGGGGAAGCAGCGCUGGUGGGAGCAGGAGAUUCAGGUGGAGGGAAACAUCCAGAAAGGAGAGCUGAUCACUCAUAACCUGACGGAGCUCAUCCGCCCCGAAGCUUACGUGGUUCGACUGACGCCCAUCACACGCUUCGGAGAGGGAGACUCCUCCACCCGAGUCGUCACGUACAGCGUUCCCAUCAAUCCUCAUCUGAGAGAGUUUCACUGCAGUUUUGAGGAGGAUCCCGUCUGUAUGUUCACUCAGGACAAGAACGAUGACUUCGACUGGACGAGACACAGCGCAGCCACACGUGACACUAAAUACACGCCCAACACGGGACCCAGCGGUGACCACAGCGGCUCCAAACAGGGUUUCUACAUGUACAUUGAGACGUCCAGACCUCGAAAAGAGGGUGAUACGGCUCGUCUCUUGAGCCCAACGUUCAACGUGGCUCUUAAAAGCUCCUACAGCAUCACCAGCCCGCCGGCGUACUGCUUCAGCUUCUACUUCCACAUGUUCGGCAAACACAUCGGCACUCUGAAUGCAUUUGUGAAGCAGAAAGGUCAGUCGACUUCAGAAGCCGGUCCAGUCUGGUCUCUCAGCGGGAACCAAGGGGACCGAUGGAGACAAGCCAAAAUUAGCAUCCAUCCUACUGCCUCCUUCCAGGUGAUGUUCGAGGGCAUCCGCGGCCCCGGGAUCGAGGGGGACAUUGCCAUCGAUGAUGUCACUCUCGAGGAGGGGGAGUGUCCUGACCCUCCGUCCAAUCCGAUCAGAGGAGCGGCUGCACACAGCGUCUCCAGUAUAUGGCCAUUGAGCAUCACGCUGUUUUAUAUCGUCUUCAUUGGUCUGAGGUGACACUCCACGUGAGAAGAGACUCCAGACACGUCCCUCAAUAUAUAAUCACCAAAGAUUCAUGCUUUCGGAUCGCUUAGAAGGCACAACCACAAACAUAAAAGUAAUAACUAAUGCUAAAAAUAAAUUCUCUCAAUGUCUGGAACCAACCGAGGGUUUGAGCACUGACCUGAGAAGCACAACGACUGGAUUUAAUGGUGAAUGAAGAUUCCCCUUCCCUGUUUUCCAUCUUGAGAUGCUGUUGUGCUUUGGAGUACUCUCAACAAAACAUCUCAUCUUCUUCUGGUAGUCCCGAUCUUGAUUUGUUCUGGGUUUGGUUUGGAUUGGCGCUUUA